AUGUUGGGCAGCAGUCUCCUCAAGAUACUUCCCCUUCUUGCCGGAGUUGGUCACGCUGUAAAUCUCUCGGUUGCCAGAGAUGGAGGAAAUGCUUCAUCUCCGCUCAUGUACGGAAUUAUGUUCGAGGACAUCAAUCACUCAGGCGACGGUGGUAUCUACGCAGAGCUGAUCCAAAAUCGCGCAUUCCAAGGUAGUAUCGAAUUCCCCUCCACUCUUGCACCAUGGGAAGCAGUCGGAAAUGCAAAAUUGUCCCUCCAGAAUAAUACUGUACCACUCUCCUCGGCUCUUCCAACAUCCGUGAACGUGGCCCAAGGAGCUGGCUCUAGAGCGGGAGGAGUAAUCGGUCUGCAAAAUCCCGGCUGGUGGGGAUUAAGCGUUAAGCCGCAGACCUACACGGGUAGCUUCUGGGCCCUGGGCUCAUAUAAGGGUCAAUUCACUGCGAAGCUGCAGUCAGCUACCACAUCCCAUGUCUGGGCAAGCGUACAGAUCAAGUCAGAAUGCGAACAGAGUAAAUGGGUGGAGCACAAGUUUCAAUUCAAGCCCCCGGUUGCUGCUCCUGAUACGAAUAACACUUUCGUCCUCGAGUUCAACACAGGACAUGGCUCAGUCAAUUUCAAUUUGAUUAGUCUGUUCCCCCCAACAUAUAACGACAGACCAAACGGAAACCGUCCCGAUCUGAUGAAAGGCCUGAAGGGACUCAAGCCAAGCUAUUUUAGAAUCCCAGGCGGAAACAAUAUAGAAGGAGAUACCUUUAACUAUCGUUGGAAAUGGAAUGAGACCAUCGGUCCCUUGACCCAACGACCUGGACGACCAGGAACAUGGGGCUAUGAGAAUACCGAUGGACUUGGUCUUGUUGAAUAUCUCCAAUGGUGUGAAGACCUUGAAGUCGAGCCAGUUCUUGCUGUCUGGUCAGGAGUGUACCUAAACGGGUAUAACAACGCCAAUCCUGAUGUGAUCCCCGAGGCAGAUAUUGGCAUCUAUGUUCAAGAUGCUUUGAACGAAUUGGAGUUCAUAAUGGGUGACGUAUCAACAGAGUACGGAGCCUUGAGAGCAUCUCUUGGGUAUCCCAAGCCAUGGAAGAUCAAUUAUGUCGAAAUUGGCAACGAGGAUAAUCUUUCGGAUCCCGCCUCUUAUACAAGCUACCGCUUUAUGGCUUUCUACGACGCAAUUCAUGCUGCUUACCCAGAUAUGAAACUCAUCUCAUCCACCGGUGACCUUACUGCUGUUUCUGGCCACAGCGGAACGGAUUACCAUGAGUACGCCAGACCCAACAUCUAUGCCACCCAGUUCGGUCUCUGGGAUAACGCAAACCGUUCGCAUCCUAUCUUACUGGGUGAAUAUGCAACUAUACAGGGUAAUAAGGCCGACCCAUCCACACCAGUUGACUGGAGUGGUGCUGAGCCAAGGUUGCAAUAUCCAAUCUGGGUUGGCGCCGUGAGUGAAGCGAUUUAUACCCUAGGUGCCGAGAGGAACGGUGAUAUCGUCAUCGGUGCAAGUUAUGCGCCAGGCUUUCAGAAUUUGAAUGACUUCCAGUGGAGUCCUGAUCUUGUCUCCUUCAACGCAGAUCCAGAUCAAGUUGCUUUCUCGACUAGCUACUACGCUAUCCAACUGCUCUCUUCCCACCGCUAUACCCAUACCGCACCAAUGACUUCCGAUUCAGGAUUUGGACCCGCUUUCUAUGUGGCAGGUGUCAACUCCGGGACAACCGAAUAUACCUUUAAGGCCGCCGUUUAUAAUACCACUGCCCCUAUACCAUUCAACAUCGAUUUUGAGGGUCUGAAACAGGGCGCCAAGUCCAAACUUACCGUCCUCAAUGCACCAAGUGGACUUUCCUACAAUGUUGCUGGAGGACAGAAUGUAGUCAAGGAAACCGUUACCGAGCUAGUGGCAAAGAAGGGUGGAGUGUUCUCAUUCGAGCUGAAGGAGUAUGACAUUGCAGUCUUGACUACCUUCUAA